AUGGGAGUGGAGGGCCAAAAGAAGAUAAGGAAGAAGAUAAGUGGGGAACGAAAAGGUUUUUACAGGUAUGAAAAAAGGGUGAAAAGGGCCGAAAGUGCACUGCCUCUUGUUUAUUAUCUGGAACAGGCGUUUUCAGGUCCGCUGGCUUCAUCCUUUGCAUCGCAGGAAGAGCGCUGGUGUGACAGAUCCGGGCGAAUCAACAGAAGAGUUUACAACGAGGGUUGCAAGCGAAUAGUCGCGACUUCGUAUACUUCUCACGAUGCUGUUGAAGAAGCGAGACGACACCUCGAGCAGCAGCGCCGCAUUUCGCUGAACAUCGGAUUGCAUGGAGCAUCUUCGAGAAAAGAUGAUUAUUGGAAGGACAGGCGAAACACAUCAGAGCACCUCGAUGCACUGACAAUGAAAAUCAAACAGGCUUUUCCGGCAGUUCCGCUUAUAGCAAUAAGAGAGGAUCUGGAAAAAACACAGGAUGCGAAUGCAACCUGUGAACGCAUUACGACGGGAAAAAUAAAUCUGAGUGAAGUGAACAAAAGAGAUGUUUCGCUGGGAAGUGAACCGCAGCAAUGGUACAGAACGUACAAACACCGAAAAUGGAAUCUCAUUGAGAAGAACCGUGCCAAAUAUCUGAAACGAGUCAGCGCACAAUUGUCCGAUAUUGAAAUUUCUGAGUCCGAGCGGUGA